CUUUCAGGUCGGGCCUUCGGGAAAGAUGGCCGCGGUGCAGGAGGCUGAGAUAAAAGUGGACGGCGGCGAGCCAAAACUGAGUAAGAAGUGGUGGUAAACCUUAGUUCCAGGGUAUUCUGCCAUGUUGACGCAAGCUGCCGUCAGGCUUAUUAGGGGGUCCCUGCGCCAAACCUCCUGGGCUCAGUGGGGUCAGAGGGAGCUGCAACUGGGCCAACUUGCUCCUUUCACAGCGCUUCACAAGGACAACCCACUUUCUGAUAAAAGAAGUGAGCUCAAGAGGCGCCUGAAAGCUGAGAAGAAAAUAGCAGAGAAGGAAGCAAAGCAGAAAGAACUUAGUGAGAAACAGCUAAGCCAGGCUGCUGCAACCACCAACCAUGACAAUGACAAUGGUGUGAGCACCGAGGAGGAGAGCCUGGACCCCAAUCAAUACUACAAGAUCCGCAGUCAAGCAGUCCAACAGCUGAAGGUCAGCGGGGAAGACCCAUACCCACACAAGUUCCAUGUGGACAUCUCGCUCACGGAGUUCAUCCAGAAGUACAAUCACCUGCAGCCUGGGGACCACCUGACUGACAUCACCUUAAGGGUGGCAGGUAGGAUCCAUGCCAAAAGAGCUUCUGGAGGCAAGCUCAUCUUCUAUGACCUUCGAGGAGAGGGGGUCAAAUUGCAAGUCAUGGCCAAUUCCAGGAAUUACAAAUCAGAAGAAGAAUUCAUUCAUAUCAAUAAUAAACUGCGUCGGGGAGACAUAAUUGGCGUCCAGGGGAAUCCGGGGAAAACCAAGAAGGGUGAGCUGAGCAUCAUGCCCUACGAGAUCAAGCUGCUCUCUCCCUGUUUGCACAUGCUGCCUCAUCUGCACUUUGGCCUCAAAGACAAGGAAACACGGUAUCGUCAAAGAUACUUGGACUUGAUCCUGAAUGACUUUGUGAGGCAGAAGUUUAUCGUCCGCUCCAAGAUCAUCACAUAUAUAAGAAGUUUCUUGGAUGAGUUGGGGUUCUUGGAGAUUGAAACGCCCAUGAUGAACAUCAUCCCAGGAGGCGCAGUGGCCAGACCUUUCAUCACGUACCACAACGAGCUGGACAUGAACUUAUAUAUGCGAAUUGCUCCAGAGCUCUACCACAAGAUGCUGGUGGUUGGUGGCCUCGAUCGGGUUUAUGAAAUUGGACGCCAGUUCCGGAACGAAGGGAUUGAUUUGACUCACAAUCCUGAGUUCACCACUUGUGAGUUCUACAUGGCCUACGCAGACUACCACGACCUCAUGGAAAUCACAGAGAAGAUGAUGUCAGGGAUGGUGAAGCACAUCACUGGCAGUUACAAGGUCACCUACCAUCCAGAUGGCCCCCAGGGCCAAGCUUAUGAGAUCGACUUCACUCCACCCUUCCGAAGAAUCAGCAUGGUGGAAGAGCUUGAGAAAGUCCUGGGGGUGAAGCUGCCAGAAACUAACCUCUUUGAAACCGAAGAGACACGCAAAAUCCUCGAUGAAAUCUGCACAGCAAAAGCUGUUGAGUGUCCUCCCCCUCGCACCACAGCCAGGCUCCUUGAUAAGCUUGUUGGAGAGUUCUUGGAAGUGACUUGCAUCAACCCCACGUUCAUCUGUGAUCACCCACAAAUAAUGAGCCCUUUGGCCAAGUGGCACCGCUCUAAAGAGGGUCUGACCGAGCGUUUUGAGCUCUUUGUCAUGAAGAAGGAAGUGUGCAAUGCCUACACUGAGCUGAAUGACCCCAUGCGGCAGCGGCAGCUCUUCGAAGAACAGGCCAAGGCCAAAGCUGCUGGUGAUGAUGAGGCCAUGUUCAUAGAUGAAAACUUCUGUACUGCCCUGGAAUAUGGGUUGCCCCCGACAGCUGGCUGGGGCAUGGGCAUUGACCGGGUCACCAUGUUCCUCACGGACUCCAAUAACAUCAAGGAAGUGCUUCUGUUUCCUGCCAUGAAGCCUGAAGAUAAGAAGGACGACACAGGAGCCACUGAUAAUCCAGAGAGCAACCCAGUUGGCACUUCUGUCUAG